AGAGAGGCCCGGAUGGAGGACGCGGAAACGCGCCGUUGCCAUGGCAUCCCAAUCCUGGCCGCCGCGGGAGCGAGUGCUGGGGUCUCUGUCGCCUCGCUGUCAGAGCUCAGAAGCAGGAGGCGAGGACUCCCGCGGCCACCUCUGUGACCCCAUUCGCUGCGCCUCACCCAGUUACAGGAAUAGGAUUACUUUUCAGAUUUCAUGCAGCUGCCUUUACUGCUCAGUUACUUCACUAUGGCUUUUCUCUUUAAGCAUUAUUCUUUAACAAGCAGAAAAUGAAUGAAAAUAAAGAUACGGAAUCAAAAGACAAUGGAGAAUAUGAAGAUGAUUUUGAAAAGGACCUGGAGUGGCUAAUCAAUGAAAAAGAAAAGAGUGAUACCAACAUAAUAGAGAUGGUUUGCAAGAAAGAAGAGAAUGUUAACGAGGAAGCAAAAGAGAAUGAAACAGAAGUAGAACACAUCAAACAGCUUUCUGAUCCUGACACAUCCUUGAAGGAUGAGGUUUCACCAAGAAGAAAUGAUUUCAUUUCUGUACCAAGUAUUCAGCCUUUGGACCCUAUAUCAGAUUCAGAUAGUGAAAACUCUUUCCAGGAUUCCAAACUAGAAAGCCAGAAAGACCUGGAGGAGGAAGAGGAUGAGGAAGUAAGGAGAUACAUAAUGGAGAAAAUUAUACAAGCUAACAAACUUCUACAGAAUCAAGAACCUGUGAACUAUAAAAGGGAGAGGAAACUUAAGUUUAAGGACAAAUUAGUUGAUUUGGAAGUUCCUCCACUAGAAGACAAUGAUAUGUACAAAACUUAUUUUGAAAAUGAAAAUACGUGUGGAAAACUCUCACAGUUGUAUAUUUCCAAUGAGUUAGGGUCAGAAAGUGUGCUGCUGUCACUUACUGAUGGAAGCUGUGACGAGAGCAAAGAUAGGAAGAUACUGGUAGAGAGAGAUGGGAAGUUCGAACUUCUGAAUUUACAAGACAUAGAGAGUCAGGGGUUUUUGCCCCCCAUUAAUAAUAUCAAUAGUACAGAAAAUGAACCUCCUCCGCAGUUGUUACUCAGAUCUCCCAAUUCCUCUGUCAAUAGUGUCAAGAAAGAAGAGCCUGCAGUAAAGAUUCAUGCUGUCACUCACUCAGCAGGAGAGCCAUUGGCUUAUGUCCCUCAGCCACCACCCAACCCCAAGACUUGUCCAAGCUUUGCCUCCAACUCAGACAGAAGUAAAGGAAAUGGAAAAUCUCACCACCGGACACAAUCUGCAAAUACAUCUUCAGUGACCUCAACAUACUGUCUUUCCCCUCGACAGAAAGAACUCCAAAGACAGCUAGAACAAAAGAGAGAAAAGCUAAAGAAAGAGGAAGAACAGCGGAAAAUAGAAGAAGAGAAAGAAAAGAGAAAAGAGAAUGACAUGGUAUUUAAAGCAUGGUUGCAAAAGAAAAGAGAGCAGGUUCUAGAAAUGAGGAGAAUUCAACGAGCAAAGCAAAUUGAAGAUAUGAACAGUAGAUGUUUUCCACAUGGCAGCCAGAAUGAUCCUUCUAAAAUGUGGAAGAUUGUCAUGGAUGCUCAGAAAUCGCUAAUGGCUUCUCAUCUCAAAAUAAAAUCCAGAGUUCCUACCAUGCCCUGCAAGCAGGAAAGCAGAGAUCCACAAGAAGCUUUUCGAUUGUGGCUUAAGAAAAAACAUGAAGAGCAGGUGAAAGAAAGGAAGACAGAAGAACUAAGAAAACAAGAGGAAUGCUUAUUCUUCCUUAAAGGAACAGAAGGCCGUGAAAGAGCUUUUAAACAAUGGCUAAGAAGGAAACGCAUAGAAAAAAUAGCAGAGCAAGAAACUAUGAAGGAGAGAACUAGACAGCUCCGACUAGAAGCAAGACGUUCUAAACAGCUACAGAACCACCUGUAUAACAUGCCAGAUGCCAAAACUUUUCGGUUUACAGAUCCUUACAGCUGAAGGUAUAUUAAAUACUUCAUUUGGCAGCAGCUGUCAUCAAAAUUUUGGAGAUAAUUUUUAUGGCUCUUGUGUUUUGGUAAUACUCUAAAUUAUGGAAAAAGUAUUUAUCUUUUGGUGAUAUUGACAAUAAAUAUAUGUUUUUGUAACAUUAAAACAAAAUAAACUUAUCUUACAGUGUUGGAA